AUGUGGACAGUUCAAAAUCGGGAGUGCCUGGGGAUUCUGUCUUUCCCUGUGAUGAUAGCUAUGGUCUGUUGUGCACAAAGCGCUAAUGAGCCCAGCAACAUGUCAUACGUGAAAGAGACAGUGGAUAGAUUGCUUAAAGGAUAUGACAUUCGCUUAAGGCCAGACUUUGGAGGUCCUCCCGUUGAUGUGGGAAUGAGAAUAGAUGUCGCCAGUAUUGAUAUGGUUUCUGAAGUCAAUAUGGAUUAUACCCUUACAAUGUAUUUUCAGCAGUCAUGGAAAGACAAAAGACUGUCUUAUUCUGGAAUUCCAUUAAAUCUCACUCUGGACAACAGGGUAGCAGACCAGCUCUGGGUGCCAGACACAUACUUCCUGAAUGACAAGAAAUCAUUUGUGCAUGGGGUGACGGUGAAGAAUCGAAUGAUCCGGCUGCAUCCUGAUGGAACAGUCCUUUAUGGGUUACGGAUCACAACAACAGCUGCUUGCAUGAUGGAUCUGCGAAGAUAUCCUCUAGAUGAACAGAACUGCACACUAGAGAUUGAAAGUUAUGGUUACACCACUGAUGACAUUGAGUUCUACUGGAAUGGAGGAGAAAGCGCAGUAUCGGGGGUUAACAAUAUUGAAUUGCCUCAGUUUUCGAUUGUGGAUUACAAGAUGGUGUCAAAGAAGGUGGAAUUCACAACAGGGGCAUAUCCACGGUUGUCACUGAGUUUUCGACUUAAAAGAAACAUUGGUUACUUCAUUUUGCAAACUUACAUGCCUUCUACACUGAUUACGAUUCUGUCCUGGGUAUCUUUUUGGAUCAACUAUGAUGCAUCUGCGGCCAGAGUUGCACUAGGAAUCACCACGGUGCUGACCAUGACCACCAUCAGCACUCACCUCAGGGAGACUCUGCCAAAGAUCCCCUAUGUCAAAGCGAUUGAUAUCUACCUGAUGGGCUGCUUCGUGUUUGUGUUCUUGGCACUGCUCGAAUAUGCCUUUGUAAAUUAUAUAUUCUUCGGGAGAGGACCUCAGAAAAAGGGAGCUGGGAAAACUGACCAAGGGGCUAAUGAGAAGAACAAACUGGAGAUGAACAAAGUCCAGGUUGACGCUCACGGCAACAUUCUUCUUAGCACCCUCGAAAUCAGGAACGAAGCCAGUGGUUCCGAAGUGCUUACAAGUGCUAGUGACCCCAAAGCUACCAUGUAUUCCUAUGACAGUGCAAGCAUACAGUACCGGAGACCCCCCACCAGCAGAGAGAUCUAUGGCCGAAGUGCGUUGGAUCGCCACGCCAUGCACAAUAAGGGGCGUAUCCGGAGAAGGGCAUCACAACUUAAGGUCAAGAUCCCGGAUUUGACUGAUGUGAAUUCUAUAGACAAGUGGUCAAGAAUGUUUUUUCCAGUCACUUUUUCUCUUUUUAAUGUUGUCUAUUGGCUUUACUAUGUGCACUAA